AUGCAAUCCUUGACGCUCCUCCUUCUCGCAUCCAGCUGUCUCAUCAGUCUGGCCACGGCUCAAUUCUUUCAUCCUGGCCGUGCGGAGCGUUCGCUGUUCAGCUCACCGCCCAGCGGCUGGAACAGUGGCUGGAAUUUGGGUCCCAGCUUUGAGUUGCCGCCGCGGCAUAUACACAGUCAUGGUCAUGGUCAUGGUCAUGGUCACAAUGCCAUCACCAAGGAUGAGGUAUUGGCGCUGCUGAGUGCCUGGAAGGCCGAGGCGAAACCGAAGCCCACGCCAGCGCCUGAACCCGAACCGGAGCCGGAGCCAGAGCCGGAACCAGAGCCUGAGCCGGAGCCUGAGCCCGAACCGGAGCCAGAACCGGCACCAGCACCAGCACCAGCACCAGAGGCACCAGCGGCACCGCCAGCCGGUGUGCCAUUAACGGUAUCACUGCCCGCCUUUGUGCCCAUUCAAUUGUCCGCCAUGUAUACGGCUCCGAUACCCGUUGGAGGCGCCGGUUUGGGUAACUUUGGCUUCGGUUUCGGCAACGCUGUGGGCGGUGCUGGUGGUGCUGGUGGUGUUGGUGGAGCUGGAGGAGCCGGAGGUGCUGGCGGAGCAGGCGGUGCUGGUGGUGCCGGAGCCGCUGGUGCCGCUGGAGCAGCGGGUGCAGCUGGAGCACCUGGUGCUAAUGCGCGCAUCUCGAGACCAAAUCUCCGUGGCAAUGCCAACAUACGUUUCCCCAUUGCCAAUCCCCGGAGCUUUGCAUCCGCCAAUUAUGUGGCGCCUCGUCCACGUUUCUAUCGCACAAUCCUCGCGGAAACCGCACAGCCAAUCAGUGUUGACGCCUUGCCGGCUCCGGCAUUCCUGGCCAAUCCCGUCCAGAUGGUGCCCAGCACUUGGCAGUAG